AGAGCACAAACUCUCGCGAUGUUUCCGUGCUUUGUGAACAGCCUCUCGGUCUGGACACAAAUAAGCUGCUUGCGCAUCUCAGCUGACGCGGCGGGAACGGGGAGAGCUCGAGACCCUGGCGGAGGGUGUCAACAUGGGGAAGUGGAGGUGGUUCCGUGUCUCUCUGGUUCUGGGUUCAGUCUUUAUGAUCCUGUUGAUUAUUCUCUACUGGGACGACGUUGGAGCCUCUCACCUCUACCUGCCCCCCCUCUCCCCCCGGCCCGCCCCUCACCACUCCCCCACACACCCAACCCCCUCCUUCCUCUCCGACAUCAAUGCCUUUGUAAACCAGUUCCUGGAGGGAACCAAUGAUCCUACAGAUUCCGCCCCCCCAGACUCUGCCAACCAAUCAGAGCACGCUGAGGAGCGGUACGUUCCCCGGAGGGAGUGGAAAGUCCAUCUGACGCCCAUCGACCCCGAGAAACGACUAGGACAGGAGAGAAGGCGGCAGCGUCUCCAUGACCUCUGUCACCAUGGUGAUGACCUGGCUUUUCCGGGGAAGAACCGUUCGUUUGACGACAUCCCCAACAGGGAGCUGGAUCACCUGAUCGUCGACGACCGCCACGGUAUCAUAUACUGCUACGUCCCCAAGGUGGCGUGUAGUAACUGGAAGAGGAUCAUGAUCGUGCUCAGUGAGAGUCUGCUCCAGGAGGGAGUUCCGUACAGGGACCCUCUGGCGGUUCCUCAGGAGAUGGUCCACAACAGCAGCCUCCACUUCACCUUCAACAAGUUCUGGAAACGCUACGGGAAGUUCUCACGACACCUGAUGAAGGUGAAGCUCCAGAAGUACACUAAGUUCCUGUUCGUCAGAGAUCCGUUCGUCCGCCUCAUCUCAGCGUAUCGGAACAAGUUUGAGCAGCCCAACGAGGAGUUCUACCGCCGAUUCGCUCUGCUCAUGCUCCGUCGCUAUGGUAACCACUCUGAACCUCCCGCGGCAGUGGGCGACGCGUUUCCUGCGGGAAUCCGCCCCUCCUUCUCAGAGUUCGUCCAAUACCUACUGGACCCCAAGACGGAGAGCGACGCCCCCUUCAACGAGCACUGGAGACAGGUCUACCGGCUAUGCCACCCCUGUCAAAUACAGUAUGACUUUGUGGGUCAGCUGGAGACGGUUGAGGAGGAUGCUGAACAGCUGCUGAGGGUUUUGAAGGUGGACAACGUGGUUGACUUCCCCCCCUCUCACAGGAACCACACGGCCAGCAGCUGGCAGGAGGACUGGUUCAGCAGGGUGCCCCUAGUGGCCAGGAGGGGUCUCUACAGGCUGUAUGAACCAGACUUCAGACUGUUUGGCUACUCCAGACCAGACUCCCUGCUAGACUGACUGACUACAACUACACUCAGAAAAAAUGGCUUUUCUAAAAGGGCUCUUUUCUUGUCCCCAUAGGAGAACCCUUUUU